GACAUUGGUCAUUGUUUUUUCCGAAUCUGUCAAAUCGGCUCGGGAAAACAGAGGGGUGGAAAAUUUUGGGCGUUUUUACAAUAAUUUUUAGUUAAAUGCACCAAUUUUUCGUAGUUUUUAGCACCGACGUUUUGUUCUCUAGUUGUUAAAGAGUUUGUUAAUUAAGAUUAACCAAUAAUGGCUUGGCGAUUUAAAGCUUCAAAGUACAAAAAUGCAGCGCCUAUUGUCCCUAAGCCAGAGACCUAUGUUCGGGACAUUUGUGUUGGUUCUUACCAGACUUAUGGGAACAAUAUCACUGCUUCCGCAAAAUUUAUGGCCUUCAACUGGGAACAUGCUGGCUCCAGCUUAGCUGUUUUACCUAUUGAUGACUGUGGUAGAAAAAGUAAACUUAUGCCGCUCCUUCACGCGCAUACUGACACCGUUACAGACAUGGACUUCUCACCAUUCCACGACGGUCUUUUGGCUACCGGAUCCCAAGAUUGUUUGGUUAAAAUUUGGACUAUACCACCCGAAGGACUUGCGGAGUCUCUUAGCAAUCCAGAGUGUGUUUUUUCUCAUAAACAACGUAGAGUGGAGACAGUGGGGUUCCAUCCUACCGCAGACUUUUUACUACAUUCUACCUCAUAUACAACCUUAACCUUAUGGGAUCUUAUUACGGAGAAAGAGUUAUUUUCGAACUCUGACCAUGAUGAAGUGAUUCAGUCCGUUAGUUGGAAGCAAGACGGUACUCUGUUGGCUACGUCUUGUAAAGACAAGCAAGUGAGAAUUAUUGAUCCAAGAUCAGAUUCGCCUUGUGUCAAGCAAGCUAACAGUCAUCAGAGCAUUAAAGAUUCUAGAGUGGUUUGGUUGGGAGAUCAAAAUAGGAUUUUAACUACAGGUUUCGAUGCACAAAGGUUGAGACAAAUCAUUAUUAGAGAUUUACGCAACUUCAAAGAGACUGAAAAAACAUUAGAAUUAGAUUGUUCGACUGGGAUUUUAAUUCCACUGUAUGAUGCUGAUACUGGAAUGUUGUUUUUAGCUGGGAAAGGUGACACCACAAUAGGCUACAUGGAAGUAACUGAUAAAGACCCUCACCUUAUUGAAGGUAUAAGGCAUUCAGGAGAACAGACCAAAGGGGCUUGUUUAAUUCCCAAAAGAGCAUUGAACGUUAUGCAAGGCGAAGUAAACCGAAUUAUGCAACUUACCAGCAGUUCUGUAGUGCCUGUAACUUAUCAAGUGCCAAGAAAGACUUAUAGAGAUUUUCAUGCCGAUUUAUAUCCUGACACUCCGGGAUACAAAACGGAACUUACGGCCGAUCAGUGGAUCGAAAAAAUAAAUAUUCCUCUGCCAAGAAUUAGUUUAGAUCCGAGCAAAAGGGAAAAGGGGGAAGAACUCAUUACUGUACAUCGAGGCUCUAUUCAAGAUCUGCGUAAAGAAUUUGAAGAGAGUAAAGCCAAUAGAACGUCGAUGCAAGUGCAAAAACCAAAAAUGGCCGAGCCGGUUGAAGAGAAGCACCCCGUAAAGAAUAUAAUCAAGGAAAUUGAAAACGAGAAAAGCCCUAUUGAAGAAAAGGUUAAAUUGUUCGAUAAUCCGGAUAAAAAGAUGAAUCUGAUCAAUAAACCAACUGCGGAAGAUGUCGUAAGCGAUAAGGAGAAGGACUCCCCUGCUGCGAUAAUUCCCCCAAAACCGCUUCCCCGGAGCUCCAGAACAGGUUCCGUCUGUGAACCGAUUGAAGAUACAAACGGUGUUCCGAAACCCGUGGCGAGACCGAGAACAAACAGCUGCGCCCCCGUGGUUACUUCGGUGAAUCCCAACGGCCCGAUAGGCGGAUACAAGCCGAGAUUGGGACCCAAACCUUUUACACCGCCUAAGCUGAACGACACUGAAAACUCGUUUAGUAAAGUUUUUGCUGUUCCACAAGUACCGGGUCUCACUUCCGCAACAAGUGAAGUGGUUGCUAUCACGCCAGAGCAAGAGAAAGAAAAAUCUCCCACCAGCGAUAACGAAGUGGUCCAGAAAGAAACGGAAAAUGGCAAGUCGGGUUCAAGCGGGGAAGAAGAAACUUCUUGCGAUUCAGGAUACAUUCCAAAAACGCCCAGCACGGCCGAACGAAGAAAGUUGUUCGAAACCCGUAACAGUUCGAAGGAAAACGAACCCGAAGACAAUUUUGAUACGACAGAUCAGUCCGGUAAUUUUGAUAGAAAUUCCGCCCAAAGGAACAGCAUAGCCGAGAGACGGAAGAUGUAUGAACGAUCUCAGUCUCAACAGGAGCCGCCCGCAACUAUAAUAGAAAAAAGCGUUUCUUCGCCGGUUUUGUUAAGAAGGAAAGAUUCGUUUAAAGCUCCGAAAAAUCCGGAUGACGUGCUAAAAGAGGAAAACAAUAGAAGGAGUGUUCCAGUAGCAAGACAGCAAUCUUUAGAUCCGCAAGCAAUAAAGAAGAGUGAGGGGGUCGUUGCACCCAAAAGGACAUCUACUGUUUUUGGACGAGUGUCAAAGUUUAGACAUCUAAAAGGUACUACGGCUCAUAAAAGUUUCCACAUAGAAAAUAUCAGAAAUCUUAGUAGACAGAUUUCUGGGGAGUGUGAUGGAUUCCACGCUAAUCCUGAGAGAGUGGCGGUGCCCUUAAGCGGACCUGGAGGUAAAAUAGCUAUUUUCGAGCUUAAGAAAACCGGCAAACUACCGGACGGGGUAAUUCCAACUUUGGUGCAAGGAAAUAACAUUAUGGACUUUCAAUGGGACCCGUUCGAUAAUCAGAGGCUUGCCGUGGCAUGCGACGAUGGUGUCAUCAAAAUAUGGAAAAUUCCGGAAAACGGCUUGACCGAGCCCACCAAUGAACCUGAAAAAGAAUUUAACGCCCACGGGGAUAAAAUUUAUUUUAUUAAGUUUCAUCCUACUUCCAAAGACGUUUUGGCUUCCGGGUCAUACGAUAUGACAAUAAAACUAUGGGACUUGACCACGUUAACGGAGCAGAUAUCGUUAAAAGGCCACACCGACCAGAUUUUUAGUUUUUGUUGGUCACCUUGCGGUAACAUGUGCGCUACGGUAUGCAAGGACGGUAAACUUCGCGUGUACAAUCCUAGGAAAAGCGAUGUGCCCAUAAAAGAAGGAAAAGGUCCUGAAGGCAACAGAGGUGCUAGAAUAGUGUGGGCCUUGGACAGCAGAUACUUAGUCACAAUGGGCUUUGACAAAGUGUCCGAGAGACAAAUCAGCAUUUAUAAGGCCACGGACCUUAACAGCCCAUUAAACACCGUCGGCUUAGACGUCUCUCCAGCUAUUCUCAUACCAUUCUACGAUGAAGACAGUUCGACCUUGUUCUGCACCGGAAAAGGUGAUCUAACGAUCUACGCCUUCGAAAUAACUGAAGAACAUCCGUACAUUUGUCCGUUGAGCCAUCACAGGUGCAAUUCUUUGCAUCAAGGUUUAUCGUUUUUACCGAAGAACGUGUGCGACGUUCAGAACGUCGAGUUUGCUAAAGCGUACAGGUUAACGAACAAUUCGAUCGAGCCGCUUAGUUUUACAGUGCCCAGGAUUAAAACGGAAUUGUUUCAGGAUGAUUUAUUUCCUCCCACUAGAGUUACGUGGUCUCCUACAUGUUCGAGUUCAGAGUGGUUUACUGGUAAAGAUAAACCGGUUCAGAGGAUCAGCUUGAAACCUGACGGAAUGGAGUCAUUAACGGAAACUCAGCCCACACAAGAUAACAGGACCAUAAACAAAUCGGCAUCUAGUCCAUUUAUAGGAACGUCAAAGCCUUAUAAUAAAUUGGCGUGGAGUCCCGAGUUAUCGUCUCAGACAAAGAAUAAACAAGAAGAGAUACAAAAAUCGGUGAGUAAUAGAUUAGAAGUGAACCUGAAGCUAGAACAAGACGAGAUGGAAGGCGUAGACGAGAAGGAGUGGAAUGAAUGAACGCCGUUUUAGCAAAAAAAAAUAUGUCAGUACAUAUGUAGGCUUCGAUUUAUUUUAUUUGUGAUUUUCGAGGUCUUCGAAGAAAAUCUCGCUUUUUAUACUUUAUAACUUAAAAUAAUUUUAGUAUUAAGAAAAGAUAUCGCUUAUUAAGCUUUUUUUAAUUCAAUAUUAAACGAUCGAUUUUGAUGGUGUUGUAUUCUCAAGUUUAUGCUCGAUUUCUUAAUGAUCAUGCCUGAACAGCUUUUUUUAUGUUUUUUAAUUGGUUUAAAAACCGUUGUACUGUAAAAAGUUCGCUGUGAAUCUUAUUGUUCUCAUAAAAGCUUCAUGGGUAUUUAAUAUUUUUCAAUUUUAUAUUAAACUAAAUGAAUUCUGAAAUUAAAUAUUAAGGACAACUCUUUAAGAUACAUACAGAAAGUAAUAUAUGUAAGAAUAUUUUCACACGUGCAAUUUUCACAAAAUUUUAAUGCAUACUAUACAUAUGCACAUAACCCUUAAGGGCGUCUCUUCCUGCCUGUAGUUAAACGUAAUUUGUAAAACAUGUACGUUUGGCCGGUAUUAAAAUUAAUGCUUAGGGCCGACACUAUUUUAUUAUCUACAGUGUAUUCACAAAAUUCGGCAAUAAAAUAACGUAAUUUCUCCUGUUAUAUAGGGACGGGGAUUAUUUCUAUUUUUACAUGUUCUCUUUCGAGUUUUAAAAUUCAAUUUAAACAUAAUUCCAAUAAGCUGUCUACCCUGCAGUAUUUGCAUUCAUAUCACGCUUGAUGUGCCAUUCUCCUUCCUUAAACGUACCAAUGAUCUCUUAAGCAUAAAUUUGCAUUUAGCGCAUAUUGUUUUAAGUAUUAUGGUGAUGGUGACAUUUCAUCUAGUCAAUGUAAGUUUUUGGCUCUCUGUGGUAAAUUAGCACCAAAAUAUUUGGUAAAAUAAGAAUUUUGGUUCAUUUAUCUUUAAAUAAAACUUAGAUUAGGCGAUAUUCAUACAAUAUUUUGCUUAUAAAGGUCGUCACACACAUUCCAUGUAAGUGUGCCAAACUUUUUUAUAGCUUUUAUACACUAUUUUAAUGAAUCUUUACUACAUUAUCAAUUGAAAUUAACCUGUGUUUUUUGUUGCAACUUACUUGAACCAAUAGUUAAGCUUCUUUUCUCACUGUACUCAGAAAAUAAUUUUUAUUUUCACACACACUAGAUUAGCAGCAAGUUUGUUUUACUGUGAACUUAUGCUCAAAAAUACUCUCCAACAACUAAAACAUAUAAUAGUAGCGGUAUUUUCAUACGCCAUAAAGGAUAGUACAUAGUGAUGUAAGUGCUAUAGUAAUGGUAAUGUAUUUAUACAAUUUGUUUGUAACUUAUUUUUUAAUUUUGUAUCUGUGUAUUGAUUUUACAUCUAAUGAUGAUAUACAAUUAGUGUUUCCCUAGUGUAGUUUCAUACGAUGGUAAAUAAAUCGCUCUAUAUACAAAACGAA